UUUGUAUUCAAUUCUCCAAAGCGUAAAGUUUGUACUCGCGUUUUGAGUUAAUUUAUUUUGAUUUCGCUGAACUUAUCAAUUGUAGAUUUGAUAGAAUCGAAAUUCUCGUGAUAGGUAUAACUAUUGAAGUGAUUGUGAAUGUUAAAGUCUGCUCAUUGUGCCUUAUUUGAGCCAAAAUUAAAUAAAAUUCCCCGAAAGCCAUUGCAACAUAAUUUACAUUUGUUGGCACAAAGAACAAUUCAUUGAGUAGUGAACAGUGAGAAAUAGAAGAAGAAGUUGAUUUUUUACGAAUGUAGUUUGUUGUUGGUGAAGUCUGAUAACGGUUUUGUCGCAAAAAGUAGCAAAUUAUAUAUUGUUGUGUGCGAGACGUUGAAUAAUUUGCUCUUAUCAAGAAAACAAUUUAGUGAUUGCUAACAGCAAAUCGUGUAAUCAAUAUCAAUAUAUCAUUCAACGAAAAUCUUCACCGAAAAGUUAAUCAAGUAGCAAAAAUAUUACGUCAAUUGUAUUAAUUAUUUGCCGAAAAGCGUAACAGUGUGAAAACAUCGUUUCAUCAUCAAGGGACAAAUUUGAACAAAUAAUGAGACGAAAUGUUGGAAUCAGAGAAUUCUAGUAUGGCCGAGCGGCUCUACGACCUCGAACGUCAAGUGUUGGAGCAACAAGAAGAAAUCAUCUCACUUAAAUCGACACUUUCGGAAGUGUUACGUCGUCUAAAUAACCUCGACUGCAAUUCAUCACGCAUAUCAACAUCAACAUCCUCUUCCAGCUCUUAUGAAACGACAAUUAAGAAUAACAGAAUACGUUCCACACAAAUCACCACAACACUUGAUGGAAACGAUUGGCGGUUAAGGAGAAGUGGAAGCAACACAAAUAGUACAACAAAUUCGCCUUCUAGAUUUCAAGCAAACAACAAAAGCAACUUAAAUCGACGCUCAUUGCAUCAUCAAUCGAACGGUUCGCUUCAUUCAGCGGAUUCUCAAAGCAGCACAUCACCAGCACCAUCGCCACUACCUCGACCAGUUACUGUCCAUUCCACAACGCCAUUACAGUUGAACAAUCAACAUGCCUUGCAGAAUCAAACAUCAGCAUCAAAUCUUCUCGGUCAGAGUGGAACGAGUAGCCCAACAGGACUUGGAAAGCGUUGGAGCUCAACUGGUGACUUUGUGACAUCACCAACUAAUCAAGCAUCUUCUCCAACACUUCAAUCAACACGCUUCGCUACAAAAUCGCUGCUCAAUCUUCAAUCAAAAAAUGGCAUCGGUAAUGCUUUGAAGCAUGGUUCCAGUUCAGCACAAUAUGAUGAUGACAAUAACAGCAUUCGUAUGUAUUUACGUGGCCGUCCAGUGACAGUUUUUGUUCCUGAAAAGCGAGCCGACGCAAUCAAUUAUGAUGUCACCAAAGUUCAGCCGGCACCUAAUAAGAAGUUGAAGUUAGAUUGGGUGUAUGGAUAUCGUGGAAAGGAUUGUCGAUCCAAUCUUUACCAAUUACCAACUGGUGAGAUUGUUUACUUCGUAGCUGCAACGGUUGUGCUUUAUAACAUCGACGAACAAUCGCAACGACAUUAUUUGGGUCACACUGAUGACAUCAAAAGCUUGGCAGUUCAUCCAAAUAAACUUCUAAUUGCAACUGGACAAUGUGCUGGUCAAGAUAAGCGAAUUGCUUCACCUCAUAUUCGUGUUUGGAAUUCUGUGUCACUUGCGACCACAGCAAUUAUUGGUGCAGGCGACUUUCAAACAUCAGUUACGUGUGUAAGUUUCAGUCAAGCUGACAACGGAACACUUUUGCUUGCCAUUGAUGAUUCGACUGAGAAGACAAUUAGUGUUUGGGAGUGGCAGAAAGGUGACACUGGAAAGAAAAUAACUGAAACGAAAUGUUCAGUCGAUACUGUCGUUGCUGCUGAAUUCCAUCCACUUGAUCGCAAUCAAAUCAUCACCAUUGGAAAGAAUCACAUUGCAUUUUGGACACUUGAUCAGAAUGGUGCACUUUAUAAGAAGAUGGGAAUAUUUGAUAGUCGUGAGAAGCCGAAAUAUGUUACGUGCCUGACAUUCACUCCAUUCGGUGAUGUCGUGACUGGUGACUCCAAUGGAAAUAUUAUUUUAUGGGGACGUGGCACCAAUGCUAUUGGAAAAUUCGUCAAGAAAGUUCACGAAGGCUCAGUGUUUUCACUCUGCUCAUUGCGAAAUGGAAAACUUAUUUCAGGUGGUGGUAAAGAUGGCCGUCUGGUGUUGCUUGGCGAAGAUUUAAUGCCAGUUGGAUUGGAAAAUUACAUUGAACCACAUUUUGGUUCUGUUCGUGUUGUGACUCAAGGAAAAGGCAUGCAAUUGUUGGUGGGAACAACAAAGAAUUGUAUUCUUGCUGGUGAUCUUGAUAUGGGAUUCACACCGGUCGUUAUGGGCCACACUGAUGAACUUUGGGGACUUGCAGUUCAUCCCAACAUGCCACAAUUUAUCACUGGCGGUCGUGAUCGUUUACUUCAACUUUGGGAUACUUUAUCACAUUCUGUUGUGUGGAGUAAAGAUAUUGGUGAACAAGUUCAAUCUGUUGAGUUUACACCCGAUGGUGAAUUAGUUCUUGUUGGAUCGGCCACUGGAAAGUGGAUGGUUUUUGAUACAAUGUCACGAGAACUUUUAUCACAAUAUACCGAUGGACAGGAAGCCAUUCAAACAAUCAAAUGUGCACCAAAUGGGCAAUUGGUCGCGAUAGGAUCGCGUGAUAACAUCAUUUAUAUUUAUCAACGUACGAGUGUACCACACAAGUUCAAUCGAAUUGGAAAAUGUUCAGGUCAUUCAAGUUUCAUUUUGCAUGUUGAUUGGUCGGUCGAUAGCGACGUUUUGAGAAGCAAUUCUGGAGAUUAUGAGGUUUUGUUCUGGAAUCCGAAUCUAUGCAGGCAAAUUCCAAAUGGUUCAUCACUUCGUGACGUAGAAUGGGAGACUCAAACUUGUACUGUUUCAUUUGAAACUGUUGGAAUAUGGCCAGAUGGUGCUGAUGGUACUGAUAUCAAUGUUGCUAAUCGUAGCAAAGACAAGACAUUGCUAGCAACUGGUGAUGAUUUUGGAAAAGUUAAACUUUAUUCAUUCCCAGCAUGUAAACCUAAGUCGCUUUCAUACUCUUAUGGCGGACAUUCAAGUCAUGUAACAUCUGUUGGAUUUUUACAUGACGACACACGUUUAAUAUCAACCGGAGGAGCAGACACAUCAGUCUUGCAGUGGUCAAUUAUCUAAAAACAUUACUAAACGAAUUGACACGGAAUUGUUAUCUAAUCUUUAAUGCAACAAAAUUACUCUCUUUUUAUUCCGAUAUUAUUCGUAAAGAAAAAGAAACAAAUAUUUUUCGAUCAUAUAACACGAUGAAAUGAAAAGCUUACAUUAAAAUAAUUCCCAGAGAAAAGCAUGGAUUCCUUUGAAAAUCUAUUUAUAGGAUUUUAGAGUUAAUUAGUGCACAUUAAAUUAACUGAGAAUUUCCAUCUCUAUAAUGCCUCAAAAAGAAAAUGCUGUUGAAUCAUAAUUACCAAUCUAAUAUAAUUUUGAGCUAUGAAACCUUCUGAUAUUUAGAUGCAAAUUUAUCGCUGAUUGAUAUCACUGAUUCUACCAUGCUUAAAGAAUCUAACAUCUGACCUUCUUCAAACUAUAUAAUUAGAUUUAUUGAAGCCCUUAAAAACCUUACAAAAUUAAUUUUGCAUAUAUAAAAUCUUAUCACUAAAUAUAAUCUCCACAAUAAUUAACUUUAAUCACAACUAAUUUAUAAAGUAACUUUAGAAACUAUUGCACCUCGAAGGAGUUGAAUGGCUUCAUUGUGAGAACGAAUUUGCUUCGUUGCAGCAGAAUUUCCAUAAGCCUCAAUAAGCAAAUGUUUAAAAGUAAAACAAGUUUCUAAGAAUGACAGGAAAAUAAAGAAUAAAAUAAUGAACUUUUGAAUGAAAAUCUUUUCUUCCUUCUUUUUGUAUCAAAUUUUCUAAUCGAUUUUUUAAUCAACAAUUUGUGGAAAUAAACAUGAAAUAAUUUUCCUUCUCGAUAUGUUUUCUAAAUUCAGUCAAAAUGUUAUCUAGA